AUGGUUGCAGGCGGGGCUUACCAAUACAUGAACGUAAACGCAACUUACGUCGACAAUUUCGAUCUUUUGAAACAAACUUACGACCACUACGUCCACUAUGUGCUGGCAAAGAUAUUCGACAAGGAGAAGAAAGAGCAAGGCAAGCAUUUUUGUGAUGAGGAGAGGAAGGUGCUCCAGACCGCCCGAGAAAGGCUCAGGGAAAAACGCUACAAGUUUGCAGUCAAUAACAACUUUCCUAAACAAUACCUCGAGAUUAUCAAGUGCGUGCAGGCUCACAGCGAUGAUGAGUUUUACCCUUCCAAAUCCGUGUACAUCGUCAAGAAGCUUCCCUUUCGAUCCCGAUCGGCCGAUAUAUUUUUCCGCCGCCUCGAUGAAGUCAUGAAACAAUCGUCGCUUGAAGAAGGUCGACGUGAUCAAAGCAGACGACGAAUCCGCGUCAAAGACGCCCCAAAUACUGUUUUUCCCAAAGCACCCAAAGGACUGCCGAUCAACUUCUACGACGCAGAGUGGUUCAACGAGAAACUCCCUGCACAGCGCCAAAACCUGGCCAACAUCGACGCAGUGGCUUUCCUCUCAAACCCCAACGACUCUCUUAGAUUCAAAGACCCAAUUGAAAAGCUCUCAAACAAGAGAUUUGCUGAAGAACGAUGGGACGACGCCACAAAGCCGUACAACAUGGACUUCCUGACUCCCAAAGAACAAGACUCCGACUCCGACGAUGAAGACGGGGACAGUGAUUAUGGCGAGAGCAUUGAUUUGGAGAAAACCGAUGGGGAAGAUGAUGACGAGGAAGAGGAGGAGGAGGAAGAGGAGGAAGAGGACGCAGAUGAUGAUGUCAACAUGAGAGGAGAAGCCGAUGAAAACUUUGAGGAGUUUGAUGACCCAGAGGCCGACAUGAAGAUGGAACACUACGGGAAGGGGUCUUAUUCGGGGGGGCUAAAUGAUGAGGAAUGGAACGCAUGGCAGUGA